UCAGUGGCAGGUUACCUUGCGAAAUCACUUUCCGAUGAACUCAUAUUACGUCAAAACGGACUCAAUGGCCACGUCGAAUUGAAAUCUGUUUGAGAAACCUAAACCGAAGGUGUUCCUUUGGACCCUCCCCUUGGCACGCAGCAGCGCUGGGCUGGCCUAGUGUUCCCCAACCCGUUCUCCCGCCGUGGCUAGGUGUGUGCGCAGCCGCCUUUUCUCCCGAGAUCGGCUCCACCCUUGAGCGCCCCAGGUGGUGCAGCCCUGAACCCCGCGGCAGCCUAAUGGCAAUCUCAGAAUUUCUCUGGGGGACGCUGACUCCUUGCCCAGUGCCCUGAAGUUUCUCUGUGAUGAACUGAUGAAUCGGAAACAUGGUGCAGGAGAAGAAAUUCUGUCCUCGGUUACUUGACUACCUAGUGAUCGUAGGGGCCAGGCACCCGAGCAGCGAUAGCGUGGCCCAGACCCCAGAACUGCUGCGGCGGUACCCGUUAGAGGACCAUGCUGAGUUCCCCCUGCCCCCGGAUGUGGUGUUCUUCUGCCAGCCUGAGGGCUGUCUGAGCGUGCGGCAGCGGCGCAUGAGCCUCCGCGAUGACACCUCCUUUGUGUUCACCCUCACCGACAAGGACACCGGAGUCACACGCUAUGGCAUCUGUGUCAACUUCUACCGCUCCUUCCAGAAGCGAAUGCCCAAGGAAAAGGGAGAAGGGGGAGCAGGGUCCCGCGGGAAGGAGGGACCCCGGGCCGCCUGUGUCCCUGAAGAGGUUGGCGCCGAGAGCUCUGAGAGCAGUGCAUCCCUGCAACCUCCGAGCACUGACUCCACCCCUGACGUGAGCCAGUCUCCUCGGGGCAAACGCCAGGCCAAAGCAGGGAGCCGGUCCCGGAACAGCACCCUGACAUCCCUGUGUGUGCUCAGCCACUACCCUUUCUUCUCCACCUUCCGGGAGUGCCUGUACACCCUCAAACGUCUGGUGGACUGCUGCAGCGAGCGCCUGCUGGGCAAGAAGCUGGGCCUUCCUCGAGGCGUGCAGAGGGACACCAUGUGGCGCAUCUUUACCGGAUCACUGCUGGUGGAGGAGAAGUCAAGCGCCCUGCUGCAUGACCUGCGGGAGAUCGAGGCCUGGAUCUAUCGACUGCUGCGUUCCCCAGUGCCCGUCUCUGGGCAGAAGCGGGUGGACAUUGAGGUCCUGCCACAGGAGCUCCAGCCAGCUUUGACCUUUGCUCUUCCGGAUCCCUCUCGGUUCACGCUGGUAGAUUUCCCACUGCACCUGCCUUUGGAACUUCUGGGUGUGGAUGCCUGUCUCCAGGUGCUGACCUGCAUCCUGUUGGAGCACAAGGUGGUGCUACAGUCCCGAGACUACAAUGCACUCUCCAUGUCUGUGAUGGCAUUUGUGGCAAUGAUCUACCCCCUGGAGUAUAUGUUUCCUGUCAUCCCACUGCUUCCCACCUGCAUGGCAUCGGCGGAACAGCUGCUGUUGGCUCCCACCCCAUACAUUAUCGGAGUCCCUGCCAGCUUCUUCCUCUACAAAUUGGACUUCAAAAUGCCUGAUGACGUGUGGUUGGUGGAUCUGGACAGCAAUAAGGUGAUUGCCCCCACCAAUGCAGAAGUGCUACCUAUUCUACCAGAACCAGAAUCAAUAGAGCUGAAGAAACAUUUAAAGCAGGCCCUCGCCAGCAUGAGUCUCAACACCCAGCCCAUCCUCAAUCUGGAGAAAUUCCACGAGGGCCAGGAGAUCCCCUUUCUCCUGGGAAGGCCUUCUAGUGACCUGCAGUCCACCCCUUCCACCGAAUUCAACCCACUCAUCUACGGCAACGACGUGGAUUCUGUAGAUGUUGCAACCAGAGUGGCCAUGGUCCGUUUCUUCAACUCUGCCAACGUGCUGCAGGGCUUCCAGCUGCACACACGUACCCUGCGUCUCUUCCCUCGGCCAGUGGUAGCUUUUCAGACCGGCUCCUUUCUAGCCUCACGCCCCCGACAGACUCCUUUUGCUGAGAAAUUGGCUAGAACUCAGGCCGUGGAGUACUUUGGAGAAUGGAUCCUUAACCCCACCAACUAUGCCUUUCAGCGAAUUCAUAACAAUAUGUUUGACCCUGCCCUGAUCGGCGACAAGCCAAAGUGGUAUGCUCACCAGCUGCAGCCCAUCCACUACCGGGUCUAUGACAGCAACUCACAGCUGGCCGAGGCACUGAGUGUGCCUCCUGAGCACGACUCUGACUCCAACCCUACUGAUGACAGUGGCAGUGAUAGCAUGGAUUAUGAUGACUCAAGCUCUUCUUACUCCUCCCUUGGUGACUUUGUUAGUGAAAUGAUGAAAUGUGACAUCAACGGUGAUACUCCCAAUGUAGACCCUCUGACGCACGCAGCCCUGGGGGAUGCCAGCGAGGUCCAGAUCGAUGAGUUGCAGAACCUGAAGGAAGCAGAGGAGCCAGGCCCAGACAGCGAGAACUCUCAGGAAACCCCCCCAGUGCGCUCCAGCACCACUGCCAGCAGUAGCCCCAGCACCAUCAUCCGUGGAACCAGCUCUGAACCUGCUGACUCUACGGAGACAGAUGAUAAGGCAGCAGGUGGUGUUUCCAAGCCUCUCCCUACCGUGCCUCCCAGCAUUGGCAAAUCGACUGUGGACAGGCGUCAGGCAGAAACCGGAGAGGGGGCUCAAAAGCUGCUGCGGCCCAACAGCUUGAAGCUGGCCAGUGACUCCGACGCUGAAUCUGACUCCCGUGCCAGCUCUCCCAACUCCACCGUCUCCAACAACAGCACCGAGGGCUUCGGGGGCAUCGUGUCGUUUGCCAGCAGCCUGUAUCGGAACCACAGUACAAGUUUCAGUCUCUCGAACCUCACUCUACCCACCAAAGGUGCCCGAGAGAAGACCACACCCUUCCCCAGUCUGAAAGGAAACAGGAGGGCCUUAGUGGACCAGAAGUCUUCUGUCAUUAAACACAGCCCCACGGUGAAGAGAGAGCCUCCGUCACCCCAGGGUCGAUCCAGCAAUUCCAGUGAGAACCAGCAGUUCCUGAAGGAGGUGGUGCACAGCGUGCUCGAUGGCCAGGGUGUCGGCUGGCUCAACAUGAAGAAGGUGCGCCGGCUGCUGGAGAGCGAGCAGCUGCGGGUCUUCGUCCUCAGCAAGCUGAACCGCAUUGUGCAGUCAGAGGACGAUGCCCGGCAGGACAUCAUCCCAGAUGUGGAGAUCAGCCGGAAGGUGUAUAAGGGAAUGCUGGACCUCCUCAAGUGCACAAUCCUCAGUCUGGAGCAGUCCUAUGCCCACGCAGGUCUGGGUGGCAUGGCCAGCAUCUUUGGACUUCUGGAGAUAGCCCAGACCCACUACUAUAGUAAAGAACCAGACAAGCGGAAGAAAAGUCCAACAGAGAGUGUAACUACCCCAGCUGGCAAGGACUCUGGUCUGGCCGGGCGGGGGGACGCAAAAACUAUGGCUCAGCUGAGAGUUCCCCAGCUGGGACCUCGGGCACCAAGUGCUACAGGAAAAGGUCCCAAGGAGCCAGACACCAGGAGUUUAAAGGAAGAGAAUUUUGUCGCUUCUAUUGAAUUGUGGAACAAGCACCAGGAAGUGAAAAAACAAAAAGCUUUGGAAAAACAGAGACCGGAAGUAAUCAAACCCGUCUUUGACCUUGGUGAGACAGAGGAGAAGAAGUCCCAGAUCAGUGCGGACAGUGGCGUGAGCCUGACCUCUGGUUCCCAGAGGAUGGAUCAAGACUCAGUGGUCGCUGUGAGUCCUGCUGUUAUGAUCCGCAGCUCCAGCCAGGAUUCUGAAGUUAGCACCGUGGUGAGUAAUAGCUCUGGGGAGACUCUGGGAGCCGACAGUGAUCUGAGCAGCAAUGCAGGUGACGGCCCAGGCGGUGAUGGCAGCAUCCACUUGACAAGCUCUCGGGGAACUUUGUCUGACAGUGAGAUUGAGACCAACUCUGCCACAAGCGCCAUCUUUGGGAAAGCCCACAGCCUGAAGCCGAAGGUGAAGGAGAAACCGAUGGGCAGCCCAAUUCGCUGUACUGAAGAUGUCAGCCAACGCGUGUACCUCUACGAGGGACUCCUAGGAAGGGACAAAGGAUCAAUGUGGGACCAGUUAGAGGACGCUGCUAUGGAGACCUUUUCUAUAAGCAAAGAGCGUUCUACUUUAUGGGACCAAAUGCAAUUCUGGGAAGAUGCAUUCUUAGAUGCUGUGAUGUUGGAGAGAGAAGGGAUGGGUAUGGACCAGGGUCCCCAAGAAAUGAUUGACAGGUACCUGUCUUUGGGAGAGCAUGACCGGAAACGCUUGGAGGAUGACGAAGAUCGCUUGCUGGCCACCCUUCUGCAUAACCUCAUCUCCUACAUGCUGCUAAUGAAGGUAAAUAAAAAUGACAUCCGGAAGAAGGUGAGGCGCUUAAUGGGAAAGUCCCACAUUGGGCUUGUGUACAGCCAGCAGAUCAACGAGGUGCUGGAUCAGCUGGCCAACCUGAACGGGCGGGAUCUCUCCAUCCGGUCCAGUGGGAGCCGGCACAUGAAGAAGCAGACGUUUGUGGUACACGCAGGCACAGACACAAACGGAGACAUCUUUUUCAUGGAGGUGUGUGAUGACUGUGUGGUGCUGCGCAGUAACAUCGGGACCGUCUAUGAGCGCUGGUGGUACGAGAAGCUCAUCAAUAUGACCUACUGCCCCAAGACCAAAGUGUUAUGCUUGUGGCGUCGAAAUGGCUCUGAAACCCAGCUCAACAAAUUCUACACUAAGAAGUGUCGUGAACUGUACUACUGCGUGAAGGACAGCAUGGAGCGUGCGGCCGCCCGGCAGCAGAGUAUCAAGCCUGGGCCUGAACUAGGUGGCGAGUUCCCUGUGCAGGACAUGAAAACUGGUGAGGGUGGCUUGCUGCAGGUCACUCUGGAAGGGAUCAAUCUCAAGUUCAUGCAUAACCAGGUUUUCAUAGAGCUGAAUCACAUUAAAAAGUGCAAUACAGUUCGAGGCGUCUUUGUCCUGGAGGAAUUUGUUCCUGAAAUUAAAGAAGUGGUGAGCCACAAGUACAAGACACCAAUGGCCCACGAGAUCUGCUACUCCGUGUUGUGUCUCUUCUCGUAUGUGGCCGCCGCGCACAGCAGCGAGGAAGGUCUCCGAACCCCACCGCGGCCUGUCUCCAGCUGACAGGGGCGCAGCAGCCGCCAGCCCAGGGGACACCGCCAUGCCCUGCUGUCUCUGCGUGCACAGUGCUCCCGUCGGCACCAAGACGCGGGCGGUGGUGUGAGUGUGCUCCUCAAGGCAUGCCUCGGCCUGAGUGUGUCUUUGGGCCCUCUGUUCAGGGCUAAGCUAGCCCCUGCCACCUUCUCUUCCCCUCUACUCCCAGAAGGCGAGCUGUCCCCACAGAGAGAGAGAGAGAGAGAGAGAGAGAGAGAGAGA